GGUAUCAGGGGCCCCACCCCCACUAAUCCCUGGAGGCCCUGGUGCCAAGCGGUAUUACCACCACUUCAACGAUGCCACAAAGCCCGGAGGCGCACCAAUUUUGAUGAUGCCACACUCCAUUGGACCCGCCACAUCGCUUCGGCCGGAGACUGCCCCAGUGGCCCAUUACGGAGUAUUGGCUCAGUGGGGAUUCGAACCUGUGAGGAAUUACCUCCUCAAGGUCGCCCUUACCAACUGAGCCGUGUGCAUGAACUUGACAGUUCUGGCCCAUUUCUAAAUAGGGUUACUUGAGGAAGUACUAGCUUUAUUGUUUGUGGGCAUUCUUGCUUGGGCAUAUCAAGCAAUUCGACCUCCUCCCAAGAUAGUGGCAAGCAUAAACUUGUCUUUGUCCCUGGAUUUGAUUGUUGCAAGCAUGACACUUGAGCCAAAUACCUGUCUUCGAUGUUCGGGUAAGAUGGAGGGUCAUCGUGGUACCCGCGAAGAUUGUACUAUCAUUGAGGUUGAUGACAAAGUAUCAAAGUCAGAUAUAGAUAAGGAGUUUUUAAAAGAACUUGAAGAGGGAGAACCUGUAACUAAACCCAGCUCCUCUGGUGAGAGGUAUAAUGACAUUAAGAUAGGUUGGCUUCCACAAAUUUUGCAGAAAGAUUAUCGAAAUUAUGUAGAUCAGUACUGUUACCCAAAGGAGUUGCCAAUCGGUCCUGUUUAUUAUGAGCAUAAGAAUGAAACCCAGUCUGGUGACCAGCGCCCAAAGGACAAAUAUGAAUCAUGUGUAGAAAAGUUCCACGCAAAGAGGGACCUGAAGGUUAAAUUGGCAAGAAAAUUAAUACCAUCAAUUCCCGGGAAGGGGGAAACAUUACUUAAUGCAAUCAAGAAGCAUAUCAAGGAAUUGAGAACUUCGAUUCAUGAUUGUACAAUUGAUGAUGAUGUACUGGCCAGGUUUCUUUUCUUAGAUGGGUGUGCUAUAGUACAGUUCAUACGAAGCUAUUAUCAAAAUGAACUAGAAGAGUUUGGAAUUGAUAAUAAGCAAGCAAUAUCGAUCCAGGAGGACUUGUUCCUUCUUCAAAACCAAAUCCCAUUCCGAGUCAUUGUGCUGUUGCUGCACUGUAUGCCGACGGUAACAUCUUCGAAACUGAAAGAGGAUAUUGUCUAUUUCCUUCACAUCAACAAUAUCAUGAAGAAGGACUCACUAACCUCCAGGUACAUCAGAAAACAAUCUGACAUAAUUUUUGAUAAAGAAAAUAAAAAUCUUCACCUUCUUAAUCAUCUCCACUCGUUAAUCAAAUCAAAGGGCAAAAUGGUACAUGGGCACAAGACUCAAUAUCGUUGUUUACAAUGUCUCGGCAAAUGCUUCAAAUAUUGCCUCUCUUGUUUACACAAGACUCAAUAUCACUCUUUACGAUGUUUCGACAAAUGGUUCAAAUAUUGCCUCUUUUGUUUACAGAAGAUUCAAUCUAGUUGUUUACGAUGUUUCGGAAAAUGGUGCAAAUAUUGCCUAUUUUGUUUUUGCUGCCUCCUGGGUUGUUGCAGGUUUGAAGUCACAUGUCUCCCAUCUUGGCGCUCACGCCCACGCCCACGCCCAAUACCAGUUCCUUUUUUUAAUACAAAGAGGAACUUUCGCAGUGCACAGGAGCUUAAAUCAGCUGGGAUAGAGUUUAAGCCAAGUGGUGCUGAUAUAGCUUAUAGUAGUAAAUGUUUUAACUUCAAAGGGCAUCUUAAAAUUCCUCCAUUGACUGUGGAUGAAUGGACGAAAUCUAAGCUGAUGAAUCUUGUCGCCUACGAGAUGUGUCUUGGUGAUGUUAGUUCUUAUAUCGUUACUUCAUAUGUAAAACUUAUGGAUUUUCUCAUUGAUAAAGAAGAAGAUGUUAAGGAGCUAAGGGCGUCAAGAGUACUUUGGAACCAUCUCAGCUGUGAUAAAGAUGUGGUCGAUCUGUUCAAUGAUAUGGGGUCUGAAUGCUUUAAGCCACCCAAGGACUAUUAUUUUGAUGUCAUGGAAGAAAUGGAAAAUCAUUGCCAGAGAAAGUGUGCGAUUUGGAUGGCCCAAGUCUAUCAGACCCAUUUCAGAAGCCCCUGGACUAUGGUUGCUCUUUCGGCUGCUAUAAUAGCUCUUUUGUUGACUGCCAUUCAAACAUGGUACGCAAUCAACCCAAAUAAGUAGUUCAAAAACUAAACGUAAUGGACUCUAAAUUUUCGUUUUAUAGUUAUAAAUGGGUGUGGCUUUUGCCUGAAUUUUGUUGUGUGCAUAUAUGUAGUUCUACAUAUAUAUGCUGUGUUGGAGAAGCUUAAUGAUAAGCCAGCUACUAUGCAUGAUUGUCAGUUAUUUAUUACUACUAAUUAGUUUUCUUCUUCCUUUUUGGUUUUCCUAUUUAAUGAACUCUUAAAUCAAAGCUAUUCCAGUCAAUGUGCAUGCAUGUAAUAAUCCUGUUGUAUAUGAGGAGAACAUAAUAAUUUGUCUAGGAAUAUCAUAUAUGGAAUUCGUUUAUGGCAUCUUUCGAUUAAAAUGAUAAAGAAGCACAAAACUUUUGUGUGUAUUUUA